AUGGGGUGCAUACAGAGUGGUGAUAAAUCUGCUAAUGACAAAAGUAGACAGAUCGACAAGAAUUUACGGAACGAUGGAGAAAAAGCUGCCAGAGAGGUCAAACUACUACUGCUUGGAUCUGGUGAAUCUGGGAAAAGCACAAUUGUCAAACAGAUGAAAAUUAUCCACGAGUCGGGCUAUUCGGAAGAGGAGUGCAAUCAGUUCAGAGCCGUGGUCUACAGCAACACCAUCCACUCCACGAUGGUUAUCAUAAGGGCCCUGGGGCGUCUGCAGAUCGAGUUUGCUGAUGCUGCUCGCGCUGAUGAUGCCAGACAGUUGUUUGCAUUGUCAAGCCAGGCUGAUGAGGGCAUAAUGACCCCAGAGCUGGCCGGCAUCAUAAAGCGGCUCUGGGCAGACGGAGGUGUGCAGGUAUGCUUCGGCCGCUCCAGAGAGUACCAGCUCAACGACUCUGCUUCAUACUACCUGAACGAUUUAGAAAGGAUAUCCAGCCCUUCAUAUGUCCCCACUCAGCAGGAUGUACUGAGGACCCGAGUGAAGACCACGGGUAUUGUUGAGACCCACUUCACUUUCAAGGAUCUUCACUUCAAAAUGUUUGAUGUGGGUGGCCAGCGAUCAGAGAGAAAGAAAUGGAUUCACUGCUUUGAAGGUGUCACUGCAAUCAUUUUCUGCUCAUCUUUAAGUGACUAUGACCUGGUCCUGGCUGAGGAUGAAGAAAUGAACCGCAUGCACGAGAGUAUGAAGCUGUUUGAUAGCAUCUGCAACAACAAGUGGUUUGAGGAGACGUCAAUCAUCCUCUUCCUGAAUAAGAAAGAUUUGUUUGAGGAGAAAGUGAAGAAAAGCCCGCUCUCAAUCUGCUUCCCAGACUACACUGGUGGUGGCACAUAUGAUGAGACGUCUGCCUUUAUCCAGAGUCAGUUUGAGGACCUAAACCAGAAGAAGGACACCAAAGAAAUCUACACCCACUUUACUUGUGCCACGGACACCAAGAACGUGCAGUUCGUGUUCGAUGCCGUGACCGACGUCAUCAUCAAGAACAACCUGAAGGACUGCGGACUGUUCUAAAGCAGCUCAUCACAGAGAGUGAAAUGAUCGGGGCAAAAUCAACUCCUCAGAUGCACCAGGUC